AUGCUUCUGCUCGUGAUGCUAUUGGUAUCUUUCAAUGUCUUCGUUUCUGCAUAUCCUUCUGAACCUCCUCAACCCGAGCCGGAUUGUUCGUUACCACCUGUUAUUGGUGGGCUCGCAGGCGGAUACGAGAACGUCGAUCCAAACGAUCAAAGAGUUCAGAAUGUUAUCCCGGAUAUAAUGGGGACGAUCAACAAUCAAUCAAACAGCAUAUUCUUGCUUGUACCGGUCAAAGUGCUGGGUGCUCGAAUACAAGUUGUCGCCGGACUCAACAUAAAAGUUGAGAUGCUUGUGGCACAAUCCAACUGUUCCAAAGAGGAACCUUCGCUGGACUGUCAACCUAUCGAGGAUGGUAGUUUGAAGAAUCGAACUUCGAUCGCCACUGCUAAGGUGUUUGGUAUGUGGCCACAGGAAAAAAUCUAUCGAUUUCCAAAAGGAAGUCAGUCGAGUGACAAAAUGAGAGCUUUUACGGGUACACCGAUAUUAGAAAAUGUUUCCGAAGACUUUCAAGUUCGAGGACAGUGUUAA